AUGUUGCAUCAGAUACCCUACCAUGCCCGCUGGCUCACCAUCAUUUCUGAGAUCUUCUUCGUUUUCAACAUCAUCUUAUUUCUUCUGUUCGCUCUGAUCUCAGCUCUGCGCUACACUAUGUAUCCCCAGUUGUUCCCAGCUGUGCUUCGGCAUCCCCAUCAAAGCUUGUUCCUUGCGACGUUUCCGGUUGGGCUUGCGACGCUGAUCAACAUGAUUGUGCUCGUAUGUGUACCCGCAUGGGGUCAAGGCAUGGCUAUUUUCGCUUGGGUAUUGUGGUGGAUCGAUAGUGUUCUAGCGGUCAUCACCUGUUUUCACCUGACUUGGGUAAUAAUGACGAACCGACGGCACGACCUUGUGGAGAUGACAGCGUUAUACCUCAUACCUAUCGUUGCCAUCGUUAUUGCGGCAACAUCCGGGGCGCUGGUGGCAGGAGCCUUGAAGAACCAUACGUAUCAAUUAUGGACACUGAUAAUCAGCUACAUCUUUUGGGGAAUUGGGACCCCUUUGUCUUGGAUCAUCCUGACCGUGUAUUUCCUUCGCAUGACAGUACACGAGCCACUUCAGCGCGAAGUGAUUGUUUCGUUGUUACUUCCGGUUGGACCCCUAGGCCUAUCAGGUUUCUCGAUAAUAGCGCUCGGAAAGGUUGCUAGACAUCUCUUUCCAUUGACCGGCACCAUUCCUUCUGACACUAAUGCCGGAGAUGUUUUCUAUCUUGUUAGCUUGAUGGUUGGCAUCCUGCUCUGGGGUUUUGCGCUGGUUUGGUUUGUUGUCGCUAUAAUCAUGAUAGCCACUGCAUAUCCUUUCCCCUUUAACAUGGGGUGGUGGGGCUUUAUAUUUCCCGUCGGAGUCUUUACACUUUUGACCAUUUCGAUUGGCGAAGAAUUUGAGUUUAGAUUCUUCAACAUUCUUUCAUGUGUCUUGACAAGCACAUGCGUCGCGAUGUGGCUUGUCAUCGCAGCAAGAACGGUGAAACGUGCCGCUAGUGGCAAGAUGUUUUUUGCACCAUGUUUAGGCACGGAUCUGUUCUUGAAAAAGGCUGAAGGAAGGGAAUAG